AUGAGCAUUUCUAAAGAAGAACUAAAGGGUAGCUCUAGCGAAGAUGGCUCAAGUGAGAGUGGAUCAUACGAAGUCAAAAGUGAUGUUGAAGAUCUCCCAAAGCCAGCUCGUACAAACAAGAUUAAUAGAGGAAUGACAUACGGUAAAGGAGCUGGGAUUAAUGGUAUGCCAAAACUCUUCGGCCAAAAAGAACUCUCCGAAGAAGAAGCUGAUUCAAGUGCUGCUGAAGAAGAGGAGAAAAGAGAGAAGAAAAAGAGCAAAAUGAAGAAGCUAAAAAUCAACAAAAAGGAAAAGAAAGAUGACAUAGAUGACCUCGGUCGUAUGGCUAGCCUACAAAAUGAACGUGACUUAAAAAGUAUCUUCCAAAAUAUUGCUAAUAUGAACAAAAUGACAAGACCUUCCCUCUCCGGAGCAAGAGUGAGAGAAGCUAAAGACCCUAGAGAAGAAAAGAAAGAAGAAAUAGACCCCUUUGGAAGAGUACAAAAAUCUUUGGUUAGUGGGGAAGUCUACGAGAAUGAUAGAAAAGAAGGAGAUCUUACUUUUGGAAGCUACAUUGUUAUUAGUAUUGAAAAUGAAAAGGAACAAAGAGAAAAGGAUUAUGACAGAGGAAUGAAAACUGAACACAGAAAGUUCUUCUCCAAGUUCAGAAUUUCAGAUGUAGUAAAAGCAGAGAAAAUGUCAAAAGAAAAUUAUGAUUCAAAUUGCGUGUUCAGAAUUAUUCCUGCUGCCCAAUUUUCACUGAUGAAUAAAUUAAGAGAGAUUGUAACAGAGGAGAUCAUUCCACAGAACUUUGAAUUGGAUUAUGAGAACUUCAUCUCUGAAAUGGAAGAUAGUGUAGAUACUCAAGAUGAUUUGAUGGGAAAACCUAUCAAAUAUGGCAGUAAAUUUCAGCUGGUUCAAGAGAGUUCAAAAAGAUUUUUAUCGAUGAGCACAUCAAGCUCAACAAGAGUAGCAAAGAUAUUCAAUAACCGUUAUGUUGAUAGCCAGUGUUAUGACUUAUGCUUCUCAGAAUACCCAUCUAUGUUUACUCACUUCCAGUUUGAGGAGUGUUCCAACUUUCAGAGAGAAGGUAAUGGAAACGUUAGUGUAGAUCAUUUUUUCUAUCUUUCAUCGAAAAUAAAAUCCAAGAGCUUUUAUGCUUACAACAGUGAUAAGUACUUAGUCAUGACUCAAAGUUAUAAAACGCCUUUGUACUAUAACCUUGUCAGAGAGUCAGGGACAUUUAAUGAGAUAGAAGAUGUGCAGACGAGUGAAGUUGUGCUCAUUGCUUAUGCCAAUGAGGACUACUUCUUAAACGUUCCUCACAGGUUUGAUCCUGCUUCUGGUCAAUAUAUUGAACAAAAUAUUGCUUUUGAAAAUACCAGAGACUUUAAUUCCUGGUUCAUGGUUGAAUACGAUGAAGAGAAACAAAUUGUUCACCUCAAGCAUUUCAACACAGGGAAAUAUGUUAGUAUCGAGAAUUCAGACAACUUGGAAGAAGACGUUGCAAGGCUUGUAGGAGAAGUCAAUGGUGAAAGAAUAGAAGAAACAGAGAUUAUUUUUGAGCCUGUGAACACUACAAAUACUAACGUAUCAAGAUAUACAGAUCAAUGUGUUUUCAAAAUUAGGGCAAAUAAUAAGGGAAAAGAUAACGAAGACAAUUAUAUUAGAUUUGCUAAUGAAUAUGACAGAGAAAAAGUUGGACAAGAAAACGAUAAUAUAUUUGAAGAAAAUGAUAGCAGCAAGGUUCCUCUGGUUGUCCGUGAUGCUGAUUCAAUCAACAAAUAUGAUACCUUUAAACUGAUAUUUCCUACAGAUGAUACUUACAGAGAGUUGAUAUUUUGUAAAGAUUCAACAUUACGCUUGAAGGAAAUUUUUAAGAGUGUUGACGAGGCCAAAGAGAUAAAUGAAGCUCUUGAAAAGAACAAUCAUGCAUUAUACAAAGUGUUCCUCAAAGUUUACAAAUUUGUCACCAAUGAUCUUGAAGGAAGAACUAACUCAGAUUAUGAUGUUGAUGAAAUAGUUGAUUACAGACAAGAAAUGGUUGCUAAGGCAGGCUUCCUCAACCAAAUCUUCGACUUUUUAGAUUAUUGAAUCAUGAUCAAUAAGAAUGAAGAUGAAGAAUGGUACACAGAGCUUCAGACUAUUUUCAAAAUUGCAGCUCAAGAGAAUAAUGAUUUUGAAAAUCUCAUAGAGCUCGUUUUUGAAACCAUGUAUGUUCUAUUUGAAGGAAAUUCUCGGAACCAAUUGGCUGCUACCCACAAAAUUGAAACAAUGCAACAGUUUGUCUUUGUUCCCAACAUCACCAAAGUUCUGAUCGUUAUUUUUAAAGACAAACAGUUUGAAAUGAACAAGAAGGAAAUUCACACUGAAAUUCUUUAUCGAAGGAUUUAUGAAUUUGAAAGAUUCCAACCGAUAGUUGAUUCUUUUAUUCAGAAAUUAAAGAAGACACAGAAUUCUCAGUACAUCUUUAUCUUAAGGAAGAUCUGAUUGAUCGAUGGAAACCCUCUUCCUCUAAUUCAGAAGGAAAUUUUUAACACAAUUUAUCAGCCAGUUGAGAGCGGAGAAAGCUGGGAUGAGGACCAGGCUGAACAAUUCAUGUUUGGAGUUUCCUUUGAGGAUGACACUCUCCAUUUAACAACUCCCACAAUUAAUGAUGCUGGAGAUCAAGUGCUCGAGCAUCCAGACGGACAACAAAGAGUAGUCAGUGGUGAAGACUUUACUUCAGGUUUAUCCAACGAAGAAAAGAACUUCGUUUUAGAUCAGCUUGCCUUAGAGGCAGAUCUGUGUUUUGGAAGAAACAGAUACUGUAAUAAGUUCUUUAAGAGGAGAUAUCCUGUUCAAACUUUGAUAAGAAAUAUCAUUAACGAAAGGAUUCCAAAAACAUUAAAGGCAGUUCUAGUCAGAAUCUUCACAAGUCUUUAUAUUGAUGAUCAUCCUCACAGGCUCUUGAAAGUUUCUAGAUGCUAUAAAGCAUAUCAAUCAGGGGAUGAUAGAGUACAUGAAACUGAGUUUGAAAGAUCAGAUGAACUUUCCGCUGGUGAUCUUAAUGAUCUAUUUGAGUACAUCAACAAAUACUUCUUUGCUUUUGCCAAAGAGGCUAGAGGCCCUUCUCAUGUCAAGCCAUUCGAAAUGGAGCUCGUUAAAUGAUGUAAAUUUAUGCUUAAAUUUGGUAUCUUUACUCAUAGGAAUAAUGAAUUCCAAGUGGAUGACAUUGAUGAUUUAUUCAGUUUCUUGUGUCAUAUCCUCGACAUUUUCACCAAUAGAAAAGAUUUUGAGUCUAGAUCAUUAGAUCUGAUUGCACAAAAAGAUGAAAUUAUUGAGGACUACACCCAAAACAACCCAAUUCAGAAGGCAGCGCAUGAUAUAAAGUACAGAAUUCUGAACAAGAAAGAUUGGAAGAAUACAGCAGUUGAAGCAGAUCUUGGAAAAUCUAAAGAAGAUGGAGAAUAUAGAGAAUCUCAUGUUCAUAGUAAAAUUAUUCUUGAAAUUAUGGAGAUUUUUCACUUUUUGUUUGACCUCAGGCAGAACUAUCUUAUGGAGAAUAUUGUCGAAAUGUUUCACAAAAGAGUGUUUACAAGAAAUGUUGGUGAAGAACUAUUUGAUGAUGAAAAGAGAAGAACCAAAGUUAUUGCAUCUAUGGUUAGAGAUUUCAAAAAGGUUCUCCCAGAUAAUUCUACUUUUUCUAAUCAGCUAAAGUACAAUUUCCCUUCUGUUGAUGAAAUGUACGAAGAUAAAGAGUUUGAACAAUUCAGAGAGGAGAUUAUGAGAUCUCAACUAGGACUAGAUAUGCAUGAUGACUUCCUCGUUCUUCUCAUGGACACAUUUAAUGUCAGUAGUGGCAACAAGUUCCUCCAACAGAUGACCUUGACUAUAAUCUGUAGGUACUACUCAGAAAGAUCGGAAUUAGUCAGGAAUAUCGACAGAAUGUGUCUCCUAUUUGAUGAAAAUGAGUGGAAAUUCUACCAAUGGGUCAAUAUUACCAUUGAUAUGUUCACUAGAGACACUGAAAAAUCAGUACUUUGGCUCAAUGAAGAUGACGAUUAUAACGAUCAUGAUCUCAUUGACAGAGUAAAUGGGUAUCUAUUCAAUCUGAGAGCUGCUCUCAACCAGAAAUAUCAAAUCUUAGAUUCAGAGGGUGGCGGAUAUGAAUUUGUUCCAAUUGAAGGAGAAAGAAAGAUCAAUAAAUUCGCGCAAAGAGUGUUUAGAAGCUUAAAAGUUUAUGACCACCUAAUCAACUUUAUAAUGAAAAAUAAAAAACUUCUGAUCAAGGUUAGAACUACUGAUGACAAAGAAAUGGGAGAAACAGAAAGAUUGACCUGCAACAAUAUUGAAAAGAUCUUCAGAAGAUGUCUCAAGAUUUUAGAAGCUUUUACAAUGAGUAAUAAAAUUAAUCAGGGUCUAAUGUGGAAAUAUAAAGAAAUAUUCGUAUUCCCUGAACUCGGAAGUUCUGAAGAGGAUGGUGAGCUCGAGUUUAUCCUCUCAAUUGUCGAUCAAAAUGACAUGGUUAAAGUAACAAGACCAUUAGAUGUGUUCAUAUCAUGCCUUAACCAAAGAAUGGGCCACGAAUCUAAUUUUGUAAUUCUACUCGAUAUCUUCAAUAAACUGAUGGACUUUGAAAGUAAUGGAAAAAUAAAGAAAUCCUUAACAAAAUUGAUCCUUGAAAGAAAGGAUAUGCUGGAAGCAUCUAAAUCUCCUAACAGUGCUACUUUCGAAGCAUCAAUUAAUGUCAAAGAAAUUUUAUUGCAUAUCUUGCAAAACCAAGAGCUGUCAUAUGCCAAAGAUUCCUUCAUAGAAUGCUUCCCUCUUGAAGAAUUCAUUGAUAGACUAGUGGAAUCACUUGAUUGAUUAGACAAAUUGCAAGCUGAAGAGGAAGAUGAUUAUCUUGAUGAACAAGAUUAUGAAGAAUUAAGAGAGAGUCAACAAAUAGUCAUAAUAGAAUUAUAUUCAAAACUCCAUUUUAACAAGGAUAACCUUAGCCUAGACUUUGAAGCUAUAGCAGACCAUUUCAAUGAAAAGAUAGAUCCAUACUACCAUGAACUUCUUGACAAAUUCAACUACGAUGUUGAUCUCGAAGAUAAAGGCAGUUACAAACUUAGUGAAAUAAAGCUGAUUGUUCUUCAUCUUCAAAUUCUUAUCAAAAAUAUCCUUGGAUGAGCCAAAGCAGCAAAUGAUAAGCUCCUUUCUAGAUCAGAUAGAGAUUAUGAAUUGGGUGAAAAUAUGAGACUGAUUAGCUCCAAAAUCGAUAAAAUUGGAGAAAAACUAACUGCUUUUCUUAAGAAACUUAGAUCCUGCAAGAAUGAUGAUAUCUCUGAUCUCUUGAACCAAAUUCUAGGUAAAGAGAGUGAAGAUGAUGAAUUGAACGAAGGAGUUGAUCCUAAGAACAUCAGCGUUGGAAAUUCCAUGAACAAGAGUGCAAAAUUAAACCUAGCUGAGUUAGAAGAGAAUGGAAGUGCAACUAAUAUCUCCUUCAGAAUAUCUCAUGCUAUCUCAAAAGCCCAAACUUCAAACAGAAGGGCAAAUAAUAUUAAGAUUAAGAAUAGAAGGAGCAAGGAAUCCAUUGGUUUUGGGAAAUGCUGGGCCAUAUACGUUGACAAAAUAUGCAACUCAAGAGUUGCCAGAGAGCUAAGUAAUCAAGAGCAAGAUGAAGUAACGACCAUAAUGUUUGAUCAACUUACUAAGAAAGAAGAGAAUGAAAAUGAUAGAUUUAAUGUUAUGUCCUUAAAGAAAUUCAUUGCAAAUGCUAUUGAUUAUUCAUGUGAUUGAGAGAAUGCCACAUGGACAGUAUAUUUAGUCAUAUUUAUCUUCAAAUUAUUCGGAAAUCUAUGCAAGAAAUGAGAAGAGAAGUUGACUAGAAAAGAUGAGUUAGAUGAAAUCAUAGUCAGAAAGAUUAAUACCAAUAUUCUCGAUAUCAUGGAUACCUUAAGAAAUUGCAACUACAUCUUUGGAGUAUUAUGCGAAGUUGAUGAUGCUAAUGUAUUUCAAGAUGAAAUAUUCAUGAUUACUCUUUAUUUCUUUAACAAGCUUCUCAUAGUUCGAACAAACAGUGUCCAACUGAAGCUUGAAGGAGUAUUCAAAAAUCAUUCUGGAAAUCAAGCAUUUUUCAACCAAUUAAAUAGGUAUUUACAUUCAUACACCUCUAAGAUCAGAAAGAAUGUUUUACAACCUUUCUUUGCAAAGCAAAAGUACACUGAUGAGCUUUCUGAAAAAUCAUACUACAUCGAUAAAAACUUGGAAAAACAAAUCAUUGAUUUCCUCAGAUUAACUUGUAAGAAUGGCAACAGGCAGAUGCAAAACUAUAUGAAGAAGCAAUCGAACAACACUAGGAGUUUUAACAUGGUUUACAGCAUCAAUGAUCUUUCGAAGGAAUUGUUGACUCAUCUCCAUUAUCCUGUUGCCUUCGAUACAUAUAUUUCCUGUCUCAGAUGUAUACUCGAAUUUAUCCAAGGGCCAAACAGAAUAAAUCAGACUAUUCUCAUCAACAAUGACUUUGUCCCAAAUGUUGCUGUUCAAAUCCUUGCAUUGGGAUAUCAUGAAGAUGAAGCUGAAUAUGGAGACAAGCUAGAUCAAAUUAAUAAAUCCCUCUCUAAAGGAAUAAGCAUUGGAAUGACAAAGAGCCGACUCGGCCUUCCCUCGAUUUCAGUUGGAAAAAGUAGUUUGAAGCAGUAUGGAAACAUUGAAGUAACUAUGCCAACGACCAACUAUAUGAUAAGUCUUGCUAAAUACUGGAUUCUCUUGAUCUUGAAUCAUUUGACUGACGGCUAUGAACCUUCUGAUUACAUCUACUAUAUAUACAGAAGAGAGAUAAAUCCAGAUAUAUUUAGGCAGAACUUUGCAUUCCAGAGAUAUUUCUUCCAAAGGUUUAACAAGGAUCAGUACAAGACAGAGCUAUUCUUUUCUUAUUAUCAGAACAUCAACUCAAAGAAGAGUCCAAUGAUCAUUGAGAUCGGGUUUGAGCUCUACUUCUUGAUUAAGAAGAUAGAAGAAAACAUUAAACUUGAUUAUGAUGAAAGAUACACCAAGAGCUUAAUAAAGCUUUUGCCAAAAUGGGACAAGCCACAGAUUAAGACCCAGUCUAACUUUUUGUUUGAGACCUUGUUCUACUUCAUUGAUAUGUCUAAAGCAUUCCUGAGCUUUUUCAGAACAAGCACAGAUAAGAUCAGCUUCAAUCAAAUCAGGAAGUAUGCUCAGAAUGAUACUCAAAUCAGAGCCACGCUUAACUUCUUUGAAAACAAGAGUGCCCAAAUUGAAAUUUAUAAGCAAGGAAAGCUGCAAAAGUUUUGGUUCCCAAGACUUCCUUACUGAGUAUUCCAGAAUAGUGAUGUGAAAGAUGAAUUUCUGCAGAACGUCAAUAGAACUGAUUCCAAAACAAAGUGUAACGAUCUUGUUAGAAGCUCAAAGAUUAUGCUUGUUAUUCUUAAGAUUGACUACUUCUUAAGAAGCAGACUUGGAAACAUCUUAGGAUUAAUCGUUGGAUAUAUAGAACUUUGGAAGAAAUACUUGCAACUCUUAGCUGUUGUCAUUAAUGUUUUGAUUAUUUUGUCUUAUAAUACUGAUCUUGGCAGCAGGUUUAGGAAACCAUCCAUUGGGGAUCUUGAUGAUACUGAAACUUUGGUGACUAUCAGAGCUCUUGGAAUUGUGAACCUUAUCCUUGCCAUUAUUGUUGUAGGAGUGCUAAUGGCUCAGAGAAUUCCCUACAACAUUCAAAAAUUCCGUGUUAGAAAUCAAGAUACUAAUAAAAGAUUAAAGGAGUCAGGGCAGGUAGUUCAUGAAGAUCUAAUCAGGAAUACAUACAUAAAGUUCAAUGCAGUCUAUGAGACCACCAAGUUGAUAUUGUUUGAUGUCACUCUCCUGUAUCAUAUGAUUUAUUUCUUCUUUAUUGUUCUUGGGGUUACUUAUCAUCCAUUCUUUUUCUCAAUAAGUCUCACAUAUCUGAUUGUGAGUUCUCCUGUAUUGAUUAAUGUUUUAAAGGCUGUGUAUGAACCAAGAAUUCAGAUUAUCUUAACGCUGUUCCUCACGAUCAUUGUCUACUAUGUGUUCUCAAUCUUCUCAUAUAUGAUUUUCCACAGUGAUUAUAAUGAAUCACUUGAAAAUGCUUGUUACAGCUUAUGGUCUUGCUUGUUCAUCACUAUUGAUCAAAGUUACAAAAAUGAUGGUGCAAUUGGAGGCUUUCUCCCUCUCCCAUUCACAGCUGAAGAAUCUGAAAUCAAGGUAGAGUGGAGUCGAUUCUUCUAUGAUUACAUUUUCAACUUAGUAAUUGCCAUUCUCCUUACUGAAAUCCUGAGUGGUAUCAUUAUCGAUAAGUUCAGUGAACUGAGAGAGAGCAAUGAAGAAAAGAGAAAGGACGAGAUGAGUGAGUGCUUCAUUUGUGGACAAACCAGAGAAGAACUUGAAAAGAAGCUCGGAUAUAAUGGAUUCAAAUACCACACCAUCUUCCAGCACAAUAUGUGGGACUAUCUCUUCUUUAUAGGAUAUCUCAAGAAUAAGAAGAAUUCUUACGUAAAUGAUUAUAUGGAAUCUGAAAGAUACGUCCUCGAAAAGCUAGAAGAUGAUGAAAAUAACUGGAUGCCAUGUUAUGCUUAAUUUUCAUUUAUUGUUGACCAAUUAUGUCAAUAU